AUGAAAGUAGUGGCCACAUUCUUCAAUUUGUUUUUCCUAGCCGGUUCGAUCCUUUUGUUGAUCUUUACCGUGCUCUCGGGUUCUUCAAAGCACUUUCCACUUAAUAAAUUCUACUGGCUCGAGGCUGACACCUCAGACAUUACCAGAGCACCAGCCGAUUUAUCAGCAUGGACUUUUUGGGGUGUUUGUGACAAGGCAGACUAUAGCAAUUGUUUGUUGGGCCCAGCAUAUCCAAUUUCACCAGUUGACAAUUUCGACACUACAAGAAACGUUCCUAAAGAUUUCAUUGAUAAUGAAAACACUUAUUACUACUUGAGUAGAUUUGCAUUUGCCUGCUGUUUAAUUGCAUUGGGCUUUGCUGGAUUGGCCUUCCUUAUUGAUAUUUUGGGCUUUUGUUUUGCUAUUAUCGACAAGGUUGUGAUCUUCUUGGUCACUGUUGCAUUAUUCUUUAUGGCUGCUUUUGCUUCGUUCCAAACUGCAGUCGUUGUAUUGGCCAAGAAUGCAUUUACUGAUGACGACAGACAUGCCAAAGUUGGUGCCAAGGCCAUGGGUAUUAUGUGGGCAGCCUUUGUCUGUUUGCUCAUUUGCUGGUUCAUUACAUUUGCUGCCAACAUUGCCAACAGUUACAAGAAGCAUGCGCAAAGAGUUAGGGAAAGAAAACAACAGCAACAAUAUGAACAAGGCGGUAACCAUCCAUACGAUACAAACGAGAAAGUUGGUGCAUCCGCACGCGAUGACUCUUCUUUCGUUAAGUCUAGAGACCAUGAGGCUGGACAAGCACUUCACGACGACACCAACACUGGCGGUAUUAGAUUUUUCAAAAUCAAGAGAAACCAAAAGCAAGUGGAUGACGAAUCAGCUUAA